AUGGAGGUCCGGAGGUACCUGGAGUAUCUCCCAGUACCCGUACCGUACCCUGGCACAGGCUCGGGCGUGCCCCACCGGGUGACACUGGAAUACCGUAUCACGGGAGCCAGUGGAUACCACGGGAUACGCCAGGUCAGUGAAAGUCGCGCCUUGCACGUACCGGAGGAAUGGACUGUCGGUCGGGGUCACAAAGACUCGUCCGCGGUGGAGUCAAAAGUGGAAGGGAGGAGUGGAGGAUCGAGAGCUAGGACGACCAGGAAGGAAGCUAAGCCAGACUGUCGGGUUCGAAGGGCGAACAGCGAGACCGGCGAGGGGAGUCCACGGUUCCAGCAGUUUGGGUCGGAAUAG